AUGAAUUCUACUGUAUCUAAAUCUGCUCCAUCGACCCCGACAGAGCAAGCGAAGCAAAUUCACACGAAUAUGUCCAUAAAGAAAAAAGCUAAACGAAAUAAAGGAGUGCAUUUCCCAAAUGAUGAAAAGCUUGUGACUUGUUAUUUGGAUCCUCCUGAUCCUUGGUCGAAAGAUUAUGGAAAUACCAUUGAUACACUUGUUACGGCAUAUGUUGCAGCGUGUGAUAAACAGUCAAUAAAACCACUGGCAUGUGUGAUGGAUCAGUUACAGGAGUACGAGAGUAGUAUUUACAAAUUGGAAAGCAAUCCUCGAGCAUUUGAUUUGAUCAUUUUGGGUGAAAAGCUUAGUGUAAAGCAUUGUGAAGCUUUAGAAGAAGUCUUACGAAGAUUACAGUUUAAUUUGAUUGAUUUAGAAGGCUGCUAUUUAGAAGAUGAGGGUGCUGCAGCCUUCUUUGAUAUGAUUGAAUAUUAUGAUUCUGCUGUUCAGUUAAACAUCUCAUUCACCAAACAUAUUGAUUGCCGUGGCUGGCAAGCCUGCUCUCGCAUGUUGAAAAAGACUACAUCUUUAGUGCACCUUAAUGCUCGCAGCACUGGGCUGAACGAACAAGUACUCCUCAUUGUUGGUCGAGCAUUGCGUUUGGGAUCGAAUUUAGUCACACUUCAUCUGGAAAACUGUGGCAUUUUUGGAAGAUGUCUUGUGAUUUUAGUUGCUGCUUUGAAACUGAAUACUACUAUGAGGGAGUUAUUCUUAGCAGAAAAUAAAAUAUCCUCUGCAGAUGGUUUCCAAUUAGGGAAUUUGCUGCGAACAAACACUCAUCUGGAGUUAUUGGACUUAAGCAACAAUAAGCUUGGAGAUGAAGGGUUAACCCAUGUAAUGGAUAGCCUGGGACAACAGUCUAAUACCUCUGGGAGAGGUCUGAGUACAUUAAUUUUAUGGAAUAAUGAACUUACUGAGAAAGGCAUGCCGUGCGUUAGCAGAGCUUUGACUUCUGCUCGAGCAAUAAGAAGAUUAAAUUUGGGCAGCAAUUCAAUCCUGAGUUCUGGAAUCCAAGAAAUGAAACAAAGUUUCAUUUGUAACAGAACCAUAGAAAUUUUAGAGUUGGAAAAUGCUGGCAUAACUUCAGAAGGGGCUUUUGCUUUAGCAGAAUAUAUUUCUCAAAAUCAGUUUCUACAGAAAUUGGAUUUAAGAGGUAAUGACAUAAGACUCGAAGGCCUGAAAGCCCUUUCUCGGGUGAUGAAAAACAGUGCAAAUGUUGUUAGCUUAAGAGUUGAUCCAACUUCCAAAGAUUUGAGUGAACCUAUCAAAGAGCGCCAAGCUGAACUUCAAGAAAUCAACAAGUUUUGCCAAAGAAACAAAGAAGCCAAAAGUUCCUUACCUCCCCAAGAUGCUCAGCUGUCCACCCUCUUCAAUGGAAUUUUUUCCCAUGUGCUUCCCACCACUUCACCAGUAGACUCUCAGCAACAGAAUAUUGGAAAGUCUCCUGUCAAUGGACCUACCCCCAACUGCCUGAAAGGCCGUUUUCGAGUAUCUGUCGUGGUGUUGAACCAAGAUGGCUCCGACUGUGUGAUGAAAAAGCCUAGUCCGGCUUCUCGCUCCAUGUCAUUGGACACGAAUAAUUCCUUCUCGGCGAGCGAUUCAAUCUUGAAACCAUGUACUGUUGAUAUGAGCGAAAGUGUCAAGCACGUGCCAUUGGAGAACCUCGUCUCAGAUAGAGUAAAAUGGAUAGAAGAUUUGGGUGUGGCUGGUGAGAAAAGAAGUCAAGAUUUGGGCCAUCAGCAUGCAAUAUGUGAUGAAAUGAAGCCCUCAGAUCUCAAGCAAAAGAAAUCUGUGGGACUGACUCUCAACCUGAGUUCUCUUAACUCAUCAGAAUCUGAACUGAAAGCGAGACGCUUAAGCUCUCCCACAAUCUCCUCUGCUCCCCCGGUGUCACGUAAAACACACAGCAUAAAAGGCUGUAAAGAACUGGAAGGGUUAGAUCUACGUUCUACAGUGCCAUUAUCACCCACUCGAUUGCAUGAAAGUUUUGAUUUUCCAGAGCCUGAAAGUGAAGUCCCCUUGAAUGCCCAAAUGAACAUAAAAUCAUCCCAGACAUUAUAUAUGGUUCACUAA